AUGAUCGAUGCGGAGUUAACGCACUUACUGACUGCCCUUAUGACAAAGAGCUCACAUGUCCUAUUAGAUGGUAACAAGUGUAUUAUUGACGGUACGGUCCUCGAAUAUACGGAUCAGGGCUGGAUCACAUCAACAUUAGCUCCAUCCUCACCAUCGACUCCAACACGACAGCGACAGCAACCGCAACGACGGCAACAACGGCAGCGGCAACAGCGACAGCAACAACAGAGACAGCAACAACAGAGACAGCAACAACAGCGGCAACGACAACAACUGCAACAACGACUGCAACAACGACAGCAACCGCGAAGACGACCAAAGCCAAGAUCACGCCAGACCGAGCUUAGGCUUCAGCUGAGGAAGUAUUUCCAACAGGUAUUGCGGGCCCCUGAUGUAGAACGAAAUGAAGAGCUUCCAAAACUUCCAAGAGAAGACUAUGAAUUUGACGAAAUAGUAAGAUUAUUCGACUCUACUUACCAAAAAUUCGAAGCUGCACUCAAUUCAGGAAACCAUAAGGAGAAAAAUACAGCGUUGUUCAUGAACGGGUUGAUUCUGGAUGAAAUUGCCAGAAACCACAACAGAGUACGAGGAAUAGGAAACAAGUGUUCAACAGCUUAUAAACGGGGGGCAAGAAAAUAUUAUCAAUUUGUCCGGGAGUUUGGUAAUGUUAAAGCGUUGAACGAGCCGUGUUCACAUUACGCGUUUAGCACUGUAACUGAGGAAAUUUUCCAAGAACUUCUCGAAGAAAUGCAUGGUGGCAACAUGAGCAUAAAGGAAGAGGGUGGACGCGAAGAUUAUGAUAGCUCAGCAGAGGAAGGUGAAACUGAAGGGGAAAUUGAAGACGAUGAAGAUGAUAGUAGCGUAGACAUGCUACUACAUGACGACUAUUAG